AUGAUCCAUUUUCUGAUCAUUUCCCUAUUGUUUGGUCAAGUUUUGAGUGGAAAAUCGUCGGCGAAUGGCCAAAUUCCGAAAAUUCCCAAUGGAAUAGUUGGUAAGAAACCUUUUUUACUGAGAAUCUCAGCUGCUGGUGGAGAUAUCAAAAAGUUGUCAACUAAUAAAAUGAGCAGUAAGAAAUGGUGUACAUUUUAUUAGUUGAACACUUUUUGAUAUCUCUUCGUCCAGCUGAGAUAUCAUCUCUUGAAUGGACGCUAUUCGCGCUAAAUUUGUCAGACGAUAUCCGUUUUUUUUUUAGGCGAACCCGAAGUGAUUUGCGACAUCAAACACAUCAAAAUCACGAUGAGAACCGUACAACCGUUCACCGGAAACCUCUAUUCCAAAGGAUUUUUCCACAAAUCCGAGUGUCGAAUGCGCGGCAACGCCUCUCAAAACUCGGUGGAAAUUGUGCUGCCGGUCGACUCGGAUUGUGGAAUUCGUCGAAAAAGGAUGGUGAAUCCGCGUGGCAUACUCCUCGACACCAUCAUAAUUCUCAUGUUCCAUCCGGUCUUUCUGACGCAAACCGAUCGAAGCUACCACGUUCAGUGCCAGUACACCGAAUCCGAACGGACCGUCACAAAUGCUCUGGAUGUUAGGUAGGAAUCGUUUCAUUGUUUCGGGUCUUAACACGAAAAGUACAGUAAUCGUUUCGUUGCCGAUUUUGACGGCAAAAGCAAAAUGCUAUGCCGCCUCCUUGCCGCUUUCUUGCCGCCCUCUUGCCGACCUAAUGCUACCAGCAAAUGUGCCGUUUCUAGGCGCAAUGUGCUGCUCUUUUCAGCAUGCAACCAGCGUCGGAGCUGCCGCAGAGCAUUCAGCAACAGGAUGAGGCCUCGGCGCCCGUGUGCAAGUACGAAGUGCUCAUGGAAUCCGCGCACGGAGCGCCACUCUCACAUGCGACUGUCGGCGACUCGGUCUACCAUAAGUGAGCAACAAAUGUUUCACAGAGAAACACCCUACAUGCUUUUGCGUUUUCCAGAUGGUCCUGCGAGGGAAGUAACAAAGAAAUGUACUGUAUGACUGUUCACUCGUGCGUCGUCGACGACGGUCAAGGAUUCGGUCAAAAACUGGUGGAUCGCGACGGAUGUACCCUCGACUCGUUCAUUUUAAAAGAGUUGGAGUACAAGGAGAACGAGCUGGAGGCCGGCCAAAUGUCCAGUGUUUUCAAGUUUGCCGACAAGCCAACCGUCUUUUUUUCGUGCAUGAUUCGCGUGGAAAUGAAGGAAUCCGAGGAGAUGUCUUGUGUGGUAAGUUGUAACUUUUGAAUUUGACCAUAUCUUUCUCUUUACGUAGCGUUUGGAAGCUACUGUAUUCCAGGGCAAACUUCCAAGCGCUACAGUAAUCUUAGGAGUGAUGUUAGGACAAAAGUGUGAACUGCAAAUAUAUUGUUCCUGUUAAGUACUAUAUUUUUGUAUUUGAUCAUUUUUCUCUACAACCAUUCCUAGGAUUACUGUAGCGUUUGGAAGUUUGCACUGAAGCGCAAUAGAUAUUGUGCGCUCCAACUUCCAACAGCUACAGUAAUCCAGAGAGGGGUCUUCAAGAAAAAGUGUCAACUGCAAAAAUACAGUACUAGACAUGAAGUAUGCAUGAGAAAAGUUUGAGGGUUUCAGCGUCCCACAGAAACGUGCAAAAACCGUCCCUCUGGCGUCAAUCAAAAUUUGGAUGUGAUGACGGAUCCGAAAGUUUCAGACGAUAUUCCAGCUGGAUUUCCGAGACCUCCGAAUGCCACUGGACUUCAGGUAAGUCUACAAUACUUGAAUUGUUGUCAAAACUGUUCGAUUUUUCUCCAGAAGUCCUCAAAAAUCGCCGAUUCGAACACGGACUAUUCGGCCGAUUUUCUGGACGAUGAGUUGGAAACUGAAAUCGAUAAAAUCGGAAAGAUUCCGACUGCCGCGUAAGUUUGGACGUUCCGCAACCGAAUACAACUGUUGUUUCUUCUCCAGAAUGAAUCGAUUGAUUCGGCGGGAUGUCGACGAGAAGACGGACAAUAAGAUAUUGGCCGAUUUUGACGUGGCAGCGCCUUCGGUUAAUGUUCAGGAUUUGCCGGACACUGGUAGGCCAUACUGACAAGUUUAACGUUUUUUUUCUCGAAAAUUUACAGAAGUUGGCGGUCCCCAACAACCGAAAACACGUGGAUCUUUGCGAAACACCUCGUCGGAUGUGUGUUUCACAAAAACGAACAUAAUUUUGGGAAUGCUCAUUUUGGCGGCGCUCUCCAUUGUUACCGUAUCGCUCAUGUACAUUAUCAUGAGCAGAGUCACUGAAAAAGGUAAAGUUUUGAACGAAUUCGAAGAAAACAUUUGGAAAAUUGUUUUUUAGAAGCCUCGAAGCGAAAAGGAAAACUACCACUUCCGGAUUUUUCGCGAUAA